AUGACUGUGCCGGCAAACUGGAAAGACGAGAACAGGACAAUCCAGAUCCUGACCAAAGCCGAAAAGGGCCGAUACGGCGUGAUUGCCGCCAUCGCAUAUAACCUCGAGCAGAUCCACGGCCUCGUCACCGCAGCCGAGGAAGCCCGCUCGCCUCUCAUCAUCCAAUUCUUCCCUUGGGCAGUCACCUACGCCGACGGUCUGCUGGUCCGCACCGCCAAAGAAGCCGUGUCCCGAGUAUCCGUUCCAAUUUCAAUUCACCUCGACCACGCGCAAGACGAGAAGAUUAUCCAGUAUGCAGCCGACAACUUGCCGUUCGACAGCAUCAUGGUCGACAUGUCCCAUUACGAAAAGGCGGAGAACCUAGAAAAGACGGCGAAAUGGGUUAAAUACUGCCACGAACGCAAGAUUGCAACCGAGGCCGAGCCCGGGAGGAUAGAAGGUGCCGAAGACGGCGUCAUGGACACGGCCGGGUUGGAAGCUAGCAAGACCACCGCCGAGGAAGUUGACGAGUUCAUCGCUACGGGUGUGGAUUCCCUCGCACCGGCGUUUGGCAACGUACACGGCGAGUACGGAAAGUUGGGCCCGCAAUUGGACUUUGAACGGUACGUAAUGUCCGGUCGGGGCGCAGGAUAUGACUUCUGGAUAAGCCCUCCCCGGAACAAGGAUACUGAUAACGAGGUUUGCAGAUUCGAAAAGAUACGCGCCCAGAUUGCCGGCAGAGUAAGAGUGGCUCUGCACGGUACCAACGGAUUUCCGCCUGAUCUGAUGAAGCAGUGCAUUGCUGCGGGCGCGACAAAGAUAAACGUCAACAGGCUUGUUUUGGACGAUUAUUAUACACAUCUCCGGUCGCAGGUCACGCGGUUGCCGCAUACGACGCUUAUCGAGGAGGGUACGAGCAAUGUCAUCCGGCAGACGAAGGAGUGGAUGGAGAUUUGUGGAUCAGCGGGACAGGCAUGA